GAUGAAGAGCUCGAGCUCACUCUCUGUUCUGGAAGAGAUAACGCUGUACAGCUGAGGUGAACAUAAUAAUAAUAAUAAUAGUAAUAAUAGUAAUAAUAAUAACAAUAACGCACCGACACGGCCUGGUUUUCAACUGGAAUGUUUACUUCAACGUGUCUUCAAAAGGACUUGGUCAUUCGCACAUGGUGGUGUCUUCUGUUUAAACGGUGUAGCAGUCUCCAUGGCGACGAGCGCUGUGCCUGGGGACAACCUGCCCACUUAUAAGCUGGUGGUGGUGGGUGACGGCGGCGUGGGCAAGAGCGCCCUCACCAUCCAGUUCUUUCAGAAGAUUUUUGUGCCUGAUUACGACCCGACCAUCGAGGACUCCUACCUCAAACACACCGAGAUCGAUGGACAGUGGGCCAUACUGGAUGUACUGGACACAGCAGGUCAGGAGGAGUUCAGUGCAAUGAGAGAGCAGUAUAUGAGGACUGGAGAUGGCUUUCUCAUAGUGUUUUCAGUGACGGACAAGGCCAGCUUUGAGCAUGUGGACCGUUUCCAUCAGCUCAUCCUGAGAGUCAAGGAUAGGGAUUCAUUCCCGAUGGUCCUCGUUGCUAAUAAAGUUGACUUGGUGCAUUUGCGCAAAAUCACAAGCGAACAGGGGAAGGAGAUGGCGAUGAAACACAGCAUUACAUAUAUUGAAACAAGUGCGAAGGAUCCACCCAUGAAUGUUGAUAAAGCAUUUCAUGAGCUUGUAAGAGUGAUUCGCAGGUUCCAGAGAGGGCCCAGAAGAAGAAAAAAACAAAAUGGCGGGCGGACAGGCCAUCCGGAUCAGCCAGGCUUCACUGUGUCCUACUAUGACUGUUUGUCUCUCUCUGGGCAUGUCAACCACGCGAUGAUGGCUUGGACUGUUACACACACACACACACACACACACACACACACACACACACACACACACACACACACACACACCACAGAGCUCCUUAAAUGUAAUACUACUGCACAUAGUGUUUUCACUUCAAGCCAAUUCAGGAGACAAAUCUUGCCAGCCAGUGUUAUUAAGGUGUGUCAUUAAAACGUGUAAUAGAAAUCCAUUGUUCCAUUUAAACCCAGUCUCUUAAACUGGUUGUUGAGCGAGUCCAGGAAUUGAGCGCUGUUUCACUCAGAGAACAUUUCCAAGACGUCCCUAAUGAGGCCUUGUUUUUGUACAUGUUUGUACUUUUAUGUUUGUCUCAUUAUUGUAAAAUAAUCCUUUAACAGCACAAGGAUUCGUAACAAAGGCCUUCAGGUAAAAAGGUGGUGGAUGAACUUUUAUAAAUACAGAGAUGGAAUAAACCAUUUAUUCUCUAAGUGCCACUAAAUCGGGAAGCCAUUGCUUAAAGCCAUCUUGCUAAUUUCACACCAAAACACACCCGUCAAGCUGCUGGACUGAGGAACUACUAGUGAUUAUGGAUCUGUAAAUGCAGUUAAUAAACCUGUGCAUGAUUAAGGACCAUAGAAAGAGUAUCAGGGAAUUGGAUAAUGCAUUUAAUUUUAGGUAAUCCCCCCCCAAGUUCUCUGGGUCCUCUGGGUUUCCUCCCAUUAUCCAAAGACAUCCCGGUAGGCAAAUUGGCUGUGAUAAAUUGCCCCAAGUGUGAAUGUGAGCAUGCAUGGUGUCAGGAUUUAAUCCCACCUUACAAUCACACAUUCCUGGAAUCAGCUUCAGAUCCACCGCAACAUCAAAAGAUGAAUGUAUAAUGGCGUGCUGCAAUUAAACUAAAUGACCUUAAAAGAUAACAAGCAAUGGAUUAAUGUUUGUAGUGCCAGUUAGCCACUUGCACCAUUGGUCAGUCACUGGAUUUUGGUUCAAAUCAACUCUACAUUAGCACAAAGAUGGAGUUUGUAUACGUAAAUCAAUGAUUGUAGAAUUGUAUUGUAAAAAAAAAACUCUUUCAUGCAUCAGACUUGCUUUGGUUUAUUAGCUAUUACAUGUCUCACAGAGGCAACCCUGUUGAAUGUUUGUUAAUGUCAUGAAGAAUCAGAUCAGUGUAACACAAACACUGUCAUUGCACAGAUUUUUCCAUGUAACAGUACAGAGUGUGUAAUGUAAGUUACUGUUACAUUUUCCAUUUUUCUACAAUGAUCCACUGACCAAGAAUCCUUGAACUAUCUAUGUUAAUCUCAAAUGCACUGUUGCUUUAUUAUUAUUAUUAUUAUUAUUAUUAUUAUUAUAUUAUUUAAUGCUUUUGCUUGCAAAAUUGUGAAAGAAUUGUCUCUUGUAUUGGCUUUGGGGAAAAAACAGCUUUUUUUUUAAAGGUGUUUGAAUGAAAAGCUUAUCGAUUGUGCUGUUUAUUUUCAGCCAAAUAAGCAUAUCAUUGCAGUGGCCAUUUUCUUUGUGAAGUUGUAACAUUGUAUGUGAUGUUAAUGUGUACCGUUUGUUGGAAAUUUUGCACCAGGGAGGUACUUUAUCUUAUUGAUAUGUGAUUUUUACAAAUUUUGGAAGUUUGUGGACUGAAUGUCGAUACGCUGUAUUUCUGUAUUUGCAAUUGCAGUAGAAACCUAGAGCAAGAAACGUGCUAGCAAUCAUUUUGCUACUGUUUUUCUACUUCUUCUUAUUAUUAUUAUUGUUCAUGCUAUGUUAAAGUAUUUGUGGAAUGAGCUAGUGGACCAUAAAAGAAGGGAAUUUUUGCAAGAAUCAUUGUAAGAAUUUCUAAUCUUAAGAAUAAAAAUGGUCUUGUGACAA